UUUUUUUUUUUCACUAAUCCAGUCUCAUUUUCUAGAAAAACCAAACCACAACGACCAUUUUCCGCCGAACCAAACACGACCUUAGUCUCCUCCAUGAUUCCCCUCAAAACUCAUCCUCAUUCUCCCUUCAUCUUCUCCGUUUCCAAAACCAACCCACUUUACUUCUCUUUGCUCCCCACUUCUAUCUCUCUUCUCUCACUCAAACAACCCCCACCCUCUCUCUCUUCCAAUCUUCUCAGGGUUUCAAAUGUUGGAGUUUCAGUUUGCAGAACCGAACACCACGAAGAAGAGGAAGACAAGGGGGUUUCGUUGGAGCUUCACGACUUGUCCCCAAAUGGGGAAGUGUAUCAGAAAACGCUGCAAUUGGUUGAGUGUUCCAUGUUCGCUGCACUCACCGGUUUGGUCUAUUUCUUGAGCAACUCCCUUGCCAUUGAGAAUUACUUCAGUUGUUUCUUCUCAUUGCCAAUAGUGAUAUCCUCAAUGAGAUGGGGUGUUGAUGCGGGCAGGAAAACUCUGGUGGCAACGACUAUACUUUUGCUUGUCUUGUCUGGUCCAGUUAAAGCUCUAACUUAUUUGCUUAAGCAUGGUAUAGUUGGUUUCACAAUGGGUACUUUGUGGCGGACGGGAGCAAGUUGGAAUAUGUCAAUUUUCUUGUGCACAAUUGUACGCGCAUUGGGUGCUGUUGGCUUUGUCUUGAUUUCGUCUUUCUUGAUAAGGGAAAACAUACUAGCUUUGAUCACCAUUAACAUUCAUGCUUCUCUCACAUUUCUCCUUACUGCUGCUGGUGUUACUUCUAUUCCUUCAAUGAACGUGAUAUAUACCCUAUUUGGCAUUUUGGUUUUGAUCAAUAGUGGAUGUUUCAUGUUCUUGCUCCACCUGUUGUAUUCUGUUUUCCUUACUAGAAUGGGGAUGAAGUCUUCACUAAGAUUGCCAAGAUGGCUGGAGAGGGCCAUCUGAUGCCAUAUGUAUUCAAGGUGUUACAUAUUUUUCAAUUGAAAUGCUAUUAUUCUCUUUGGGGGUUAGAGAAGGGAUAAAUGGGUGAGGUUGUUGUAUAUUAGUAGUAUUUACAACGGCAUUACCAUUCAACACACUACAGGUAUAAAUGAUAGGAACUGGAUUAGAUUGUAGACAAAAAUAAACUUAAAUAGCGUUAUAAUCUUAAGAAUAUUCAAGAGACCUAGUUCUCUCCCAAAGAGUUCCCAAA